UUUUCUCUUAAUCGAAUCAGAAUCUCAACCCACAUUUUAAAUCUUUUAUUUCUUCUUUAAUUCCUUAGAAUUCUCCUAUUUUCUCUCUUAUUUUUCAGUUUUAAGAGCAAUAAAGAUACACUGAAAAAAAAGAAGCGAAAGAUUUGUCUGCAAUGGAAGGAACAGUGUUUACUCCAUCAUUGGAAGGAAUGCAACAUAUCAAAUCUCCAGAAGGGGAAAUGCUUACCAAGCCUUUCCUGGAAGUCUGCAAGUUGAUUAUGCCAGUUAUAGAUAAGUUUGGAACUGCUAUGACCCUUGUAAAGACUGAUAUUGGUGGUAACAUAUCGAGGUUGGAAAAAAAAUACCAAUCUGAUUCCACUAAAUACAAUUAUUUGUACAAUAUGGUGAAAGAAGAGGUUGAAUGUGAAACAGCAAAAGGAUCAUCUAGUUGUACCAAUGGUCUUCUUUGGUUGACAAGAGCAAUGGAUUUCCUUGUAGAAUUGUUCCGCAACUUACUUGCGCAUCCAGAUUGGACAAUGACAGAAGCUUGUACGGACUCCUAUGGCAAGACUCUGAAAAAAUUUCAUGGCUGGAUUGCUAGUUCAAGUUUCACAGUGGCUAUGAAGCUGGCUCCAGAUAGGAAGAAGUUCAUGGAAGUGAUAGCUGGCUCGGGAGAUGUUAAUGCUGACAUGGAGAAAUUUUGUUCAGCUUUCCCUCCAUUUCUUGAGGAGAAUCACAAGUUUCUGGCUGGUUUUGGUUUGGAUGAUAUGAAAGCAUGAUGAGUAAAGAAGUAUACUGAGGACUAGGAGUGGAGAAAUGGCCUUUGUUUACUCAUACUUGGAACUUCUUGGCCUUGCUCUCUGCUUCUAAACCUGCAUUUUAUUUAAAUAAUUAAUACUUUAAGCUCAUACUGGCAAUUAUCCUUGUUUCAAUCUGUUUCAAUGAAGUAGUACUUUGUUAUUUUUGUUUA